GGCGAUAAAGACUGUUUACCAACCACACAACUCAAACGAAGAAGAAACGUCACCGGCGUAGAGGCAGAGGUUUUGAUAGAGUGAUCAGACCGUCAUAUCCGAUCAUGAGUAUCCCGUGUUUUGUAAAAACAGUGACCAGAAGUUUCACCGGUGGAUCAGGACUGUUCAGGCCCACUGUAUUGUGUUCAUGUAAAGACACGGUCACACGGAAAAUGUCAUCCAGGAGACAGACUGACCAUCUGAAGAGAACCGCUAGUGUUUACAGGCAAAUGGAACUUUUCUCUGCACGAGUUUGUGGCAUUAUGAAUGAAUCUGAAACAGUAAAGAGACUGAGACUGGAGGUGCCACAUCCUGACUUCAGCUUCCAUGCCGGACAGUGGGUUGAUUUCUUCAUCCCAGGUGUGGAUACAGUGGGUGGCUUCUCCAUUUGCUCCAGUCCUGGCCUGCUGCAGAGAGAGGGAGUGAUUGAGCUGGCAGUCAAAUACACGCAUCAUCCUCCUGCGCACUGGAUUCACACCAGAUGCUCUGUGGACUCUGAAGUAGCUGUGAGGGUUGGGGGUAAUUUCUUUUUUGACCCUCAACCUUCUGACCCUGUGGUUGACCUGUUACUGGUUGCUGGUGGUGUUGGCAUCAACCCUCUGUACUCAAUCCUGCUGCAUGCAGCUGACUUGCACAGACACUCACAUGAUCAUGGGUACAAGCCAGGGCACACACAUCUCUGCUACAGUGCCAAGAACACUAAGGAGCUGCUCUUCAAGAACACCAUUAUUGACAUCUGCCGUGAGCUUCCAGAUAAAUUGUCCUGCGAAUUCCAUGUUACUCAGCAAAGUGCUGACAUAGAGGAUGAACUUCAGCCUUACACUAUCAGUGGAAGGAUAUCAGAAGAGGUGCUACAGCGUCAUGUAGACCCUGAGCGUACACUUUGUUAUCUUUGUGGGCCUCCUCCUAUGAUAGAGAAAUUGAAUGCAGACCUGCAGAGGUUUGGCCUAUCAAAGGACAAAAUCCUUUUUGAGAAAUGGUGGUAGCCCCAUCCCUAUAUCACCACAGGCUCCAGCCAUACCAGAGGCCACAGAGAUGGAUCUCUGCAUCUGUCGCAUCAUAGAAAAAGACAGUAAUGGCAAUGGACCAGUAAUGCCUUUGAGUUAAAAUGCAACGUACAACAGACAAUUUGUCUGUAUCUUUAUGGACUUACUUCUCUGGAGUCCAUAUAUCCCUGAAUGAGGAUGGGCUUUAUAGUAUAUUUAAACUUUUAAACUUGAGAACUACUUCUGUUAUACCUCAUUUUAAAGAAGGUCUUGACAAAUUGAACAUAACCUGUGCCGUAAUGUUCUGCGUUAUAAUUCAUUUGCUGGUUAACUCUGCAUAACAGUCCUAUUUUGAGGGCAAGAUGAAAGACUGCACUGGGGUAUUUUUAUUUUUUUUACUACAAUUAUAUGUUGUUUUCAGUUAAAUUUUACAAUACAUAUUUAUUCAUAAAACAGUUGUAAUUCAUAUUCAGAGGUCAUUUAAAACUGGAUUUAUGAAUGAGGAUGCUUUAACAAAAUCUUCCGGGUUAAAUACAAGUUAAGCUAAAUCGACAGUUGUUUAUUAGAAAAAAAUAAUUUUUUAUUUUUAUUAUUUUUAUAAAAAAGCAAAAUUAAGGUUACAGUGAAGCAUUUACAAUCAAAGUAAAUGGGGUACAUUUUUUUAAUGUUUUAAAGGCCGAAAUGUGAAGUUAAAUAAUAAUUUUACAAAAGCACUUUAAUUCUUCUGUUAAAACUUGCAUAUUUUUUGAGCUGUAAAGUUGUUUAAAUCGUUGUUUUUGCGGGAUUACAGGGUUUAUGGCAUUACGUCAACAUGGCAACGAAGUUGAAAAUUUAAAAAAACUUUACAUAAGCCUAGAAACCAAUUUUAUCACAAUCAUGUUAAUGCAUUUUUUAUAUCUUGUGGCUAUACUUCUGAAACAGUAAGUAUUUGAACAUUUACAGAUUGGCCCCAUUCACUUCAAUUGCAAGUACCUCACUGUAACCCAGAUUUUUGCCUUUUGUUUUUGUCUUGUUUUUACCUCGUGCGACCCCGCGUAUACAGUGCAUUCAGAAAGUAUUCAGACCCCUUAAUUUUUUCACAUUUUGUUAUGUUGCAGCCUUAUGCUACAAUACUUUAAAUUUUUUAUUUUUUUACAUCAAUCUACAUUUCAUACCCCAUAGUGACAAAAAAUAGAUUUUUGAUAACUUUUCAAAUGUAUUAAAAAGAAAAAGCUGAAAUAUCACAUUGACAUACAGUUGAAGUCAGAAGUUUACAUACGCUUAGGUUGAAGUCAUUAAAACUCAUUUUUUAACCACUCCACAGAUUUCAUAUUAGCAAACUAUAGUUUUGGCAAGUUGUUUAGGACAUCUACUUUGUGCAUGAAAUUAGUAAUUUUUCCAACAUUUGUUAACAGACAGAUUGUUUCACUUUUAAUUGACUAUAUCACAAUUCCAAUGGGUCAGAAGUUUACAUAUACUUAGUUGACUGUGCCUUUAAGCAGCUUGGACAAUUCCAGAAAAUGAUGUCAAGCCUUUUUAGGCAAUUGGCCAAUUAGCUUCUGAUAGGCUAAUUGGAGUCAAUUGGAGGUGUACCUGUGGAUGUAUUUUAAGGCCUACCUUCAAACUCUGUCCCUCUUUGCUUGACAUCAUUGGAAAAUCAAAAGCAAUUAGCCAAGACCUUCACAAGUCUGGUUCAUCCUUGGGAGCAUCUGUACAAACAAUAGUACGCAAGUAUAAACACUAUGGGACCACGCAACCAUCAUACCGCUCAGGAAGGAGACGCAUUCUGUCUCCUAGAGAUGAACGUAGUUUGGUGCGAAAACUGCAAAUCAAUUCCAGAACAAAGGACCUUGUGAAGAUGCUGGAGGAAACAGGUAGACAAGUAUCUAUAUCCACAGUAAAACGAGUCCUAUAUCGACAUAACCUGAAAGGCUGCUCAGCAAGGAAGAAGCCACUGCUCCAAAACCGCCAUAAAAAUGCCAGACUGCAGUUUGCAAGUGCACAUGGGUGCAAAGAACUUACUUUUUGGAGAAAUGUCCUCUGGUCUGAUGAAACAAAAAUUAAACUAUUUGGCCAUAAUGACCAUUGUUAUGUUUGGGGGUGCUUUGCUCCAGGAGGGACUGGUGCACUUCACAAAAUAACUGGCAUCAUGAGGAAGGAAAAUUAUGUGGAUAUUUUGAAGCAACAUCUCAAGACAUCCACCAGGAAAUUAAAGCUCAGUCGCAAAUGGGUCUUCAAAAUGGACAGUGACCCCCAAGCAUACCUCCAAAGUUGUGGCAAAAUGGCUUAAGGACAACAAAGUAAAGGUAUUGGAGUGGCCAUCACAAAGCCCUGACUUCAAUCUGAUAGAAAAGUUGUGGGCAGAACUGAAAAAGCGUGUGCGAGCAAGGAGGCCUAAAAACCUGACUCAGUUACACCAGUUCUGUCUGGAAGAAUGGGCCAAAAUUCCAGCAACUUAUUGUGAGAAGCUUGUGGAAGGCUACCCAAAAGGCUUGACCAAAGAUAAAUAAUUUAAAGGCAAUGCUACCAAAUACUAACAAAGUGUAUGUAAACUUUUGACCCACUGGGAAUGUGAUGAAAGAAAUAAAAGCUGAAAUUUCACAUUUUUUAAAAUAAAGUAGUGAUCCUAAAUGUCAGAAAUUGCGAAAAACUGAGUUUAAAUGUAUUUGGCUAAGGUGUAUGUACACUUCUGACUUCAACUAAGUAGACCCUUAACUCAGUACUUAGUUGAAGCACCUUUGGCAGUGAUUACAGCAUCAAAUCUUUUUGGGUAUGAUGUGACAAGCUUUGCACACCUGGAUUUGGGGAUUUUCUGCCAUUCUUCUCUGCAGAUCCUCUCAAGCUCUGUCAGGUUGGAUGAGGACCAUUGGUGGACAGCCAUUUUCAGGUCUCCCAGAGAUGUUCGAUUGGAAUCAAGUCCGGGCUCUAGCUGGGCCACUCAAGGACAUUCACAGAGGUGGCCUUAAGCCACUCUUGCAUGUCUUGGCUGUGUGCUUAGGGUUGUUGUCCAGUUGGAAGUUGAAAUUUCGGCCCAGUCUGGGUGCUCUGGACCAGGUUUUCAUUAAGGAUAUCUCUGUAUUUAGCUGCAUUCAGCUUUCCUUAAACCCUGACCAGUCCCCCAGUCCUUGUUGCUGAAAAACACCCCAACAGCAUGAUGCUACCACCACCAUGCUUCACCGUUGGGAUGGUAAUGCGCAGGUGAUGCUGUGCCUGAUUUCCUCUAGACAUGACGCUUGGAAUUGAGGCCAAACAGUUCAAUCUUAGUUUCAGCAGACCAGCAAAUCUUGUUUCUCAGUCGGAGUCCUUUAGGUGCUUUUUCAUGUAUCUUGCACUGAGGAGAGGCUUCCGUCUAGCCACUCUGCCAUAAAGCCCAGAUCAGUGGAGUGUUGCAGUGAUGGUUGUCCUUCUGCAAGUUUCUCCUAUCUCCACACAUGAUCUCUGGAGCUCAACCAGAGUGAUCAUUGGGUUCUUGGUCACCUCUCUUACCAAGGCCCUUUUCGCCUGAUUGCUCAGUUUGGCCGGGCGGCCGGCUCUAAGAAGAGUCCUGGUUGUUCCAAAUGUCUUCCAUUUAAGAAUUAUUAUGGCCACUGUGCUCUUGGAAAACUUCAAUGCAGACAAAAGAUGUUUGUAACCUUCGCUAGAUCUGUGCCUCGACACAAUCCUGUCUCUGAGCUCUGCAGGCAGUUCCUUUUGAUCUCAUAGCUUGGUUUUUGCUCUGAUAUGCAUUUUCAGCUGUGAGAUCUUAUAUAGACAGGUGUGUGCCUUUCCAAGUAAUGCCCAAUCAAUUGAAUUUGCCACAGGUGGACACCAAUGAAAGUGUAGAAACAUUAGGGGCAGUGGUGGCUCAGCAGUUAAGGCUCUGGGUUACUGAUCAGAAGGUCGGGGGUUCAAGCCCCAGCACCACCAAGAUGCCACUGUUGGGCCCUUGAGCAUGGCCCUUGCACUGAGGAGAGGUUUCCGUCUAGCCACUCUACCCUAUCUGCUCCGGGGCACCGUAUCAUGGCUGACCCUGCACUCUGACCCUAGCUUAGCUGGGUUAUGUGAAAAAAAGAAUUUCACUGUAUAUGUGCAAAUGUAUAAUGUGUGAAAAAUAAAUAUAAUUAUAAAAAUUAUUAUUAUUAUAAUCUCAAAGAUGAGAGAAAUGGGAUGCACCUGAGAUGCACCUAAAUUUCAAGUGUCAUAACAAAGGGUCUGAAUACUUAUGUCAUAUUUCAGAUUUUCUUUUUAAUAAAUUUGCUUAUCAACUUAUCAAAAAUCUGUUUUUUUCUUUGUCCUUAUGGGGUAUGGAAUGUUGACUGUAAGAAGUGGUGGUGGUGUAGUGGACUAAAGCACUGAACUGGUAAGCAAAAAUGUUGUUGGUUCAAUCCCCACAGCCACCACCAUUGUGUCCUUGAGCAAGGCACUUAACUCCAGGUUGCUCCAGGGGGAUUGUCCCUGUAAGUCACUUUGGAUAAAAGCGUCUGCCAAAUGCGUAAAUGUAGACUGAUGUGGAAAAAAAAUAAUUUGAAGAAUUUUAGCAUAAGGCUGCAACAACAAAAUGUGAAAAAAAAAAAAGAAA